AUGGCGUAUUUCAGUUUGAUGUACAUAAUCACGCUGAUUAGCGACGUGUUUGUGAUAGGCUUACUAAUGUGUUACUCGGUGGUAGGUGCGAUAAAUCGAAUUCUAAAGUUUUUGACAAAUUACGGUCCUAAAGAUGGGCCCGUUGUAAACGUGAAUGCUGCCCUGUUACAUUUGUACAUGCUUCAUUGCCAAGCAGCACGAAUAGCUAAGCAAUUUUCGGUCAUAAUGGACCUGAUAGUGCUACAACUAUGCGCUUGGUACUUUUUCAUGGUUGUGUACACGAUUUAUUACGUUUACGUUGUGUUGCUGGAUAAAUUAAAUAACGGAUUCAUUUUCUACGACGCACGGGAAUACCUGAAUCCACUGGUAUACAUGUCUAUUCAAUGUAGUCAGCUCUACUUUCUGAUUAUUAUUCCGACUAUCUGCUCGGAGCGGGUGAAGAAAGUGUUGCCACUGUUGAAGCGCAUUACUAAGCAUCAUUCGGAACAUCAUGUGGAUCGACUGAUAGAGAUUCUCACAAUUGAUCAUCUGGAAAGAGACUUUGUUAUUACCAAUAACGAUCUGUACAGUAUCAAUCGGGGCCUGCUGUACGGAAUGAUUACUACAAUAGGUAGCUACGUGAUUCUUUUGGUUCAGUUCCACGUGCAACGGGGAGGAUGA